ACAGAGACAAUCCGCAAUUGCUUAAAUCCCGAAUGGUGUAAACCGAUUUUCGUUGAUUAUUAUUUUGAAGAAGUACAAAGAGUUAAAUUCGAAAUAGGUCCAAAAUCCGGAAGGAAAUACGGGGAAAUAAAAGUGAUCGCUGAAGAAGCAGAUGAUGAAGCGAAGGAAACUUUGCAAUUAGUUUGUGCUGCGCGCAAUUUGGAUAAAAAGGAUUUGUUUGGUAAAAGCGAUCCAUUUUUGCAGAUUUAUCGCAUAAAUGAUGACGGAACUGAAUAUUUAUUACAUCGUACGGAAAUUAUUAAAAAAACAUUGAUAAAUGAAAAGAAAAUGCAGAAAAAAUGGAAAAAAUACCGAAAUUCUGGUGUAUUAAUUUUUCAUACGGUCGCUAUUAAACGCGAAUACUCUUUUCUCGAUUUCAUUACUCGAGGAACGCAAUUGGAUUUCUCAGUAGCGAUCGAUUUGACCGCAUCGAAUGGGCAAAUCAAUAAGCCUGGAUCAUUGCACUAUAUUGGCGAUGGCCAGCCGAACGAAUAUUUUAUUGCGAUACGAGCUGUGGCUGAUAUUUGCCAGCAUUACAAUAACACGAAAAACUUUGAUGCUAUGGGCUUCGGCGCUAAAAUACCUCCGCAUUAUACAGCCGUUAACCACUGUUUCCCACUUAAUUUGAGCGAUUCGUUCUGUGUUCAUGGAGUGAACGGAUUAUUAGAUGCUUAUCGAUUCUGUCUUCCUCAGUGUAUUCUAUAUGGUCCAACCAAUUUUGCAAAUGUCGUAAAUGAAGCGGCCAAAACAUGUAUUAAUUAUCGUAAAGAUGGUAGUCGGUAUCGAAUUUUGUUGAUAAUCACGGAUGGAGCAAUUUGUGAUUUUGAUCAAACACUUAGCGCCAUUAUAUCGGCUUCAUUUUUGCCACUGUCAAUUAUAAUUAUUGGAGUCGGAGGUGAAGAUUUCGAGAGUAUGCGCAGACUGGAUUCCGAUGAUAGCUUGCUUAGGUAUCAAGGGCGAACUGCUCAAAGAGACAUCGUUCAGUUUGUUGCCUUGCGUAAUUUUCUGAUGGAAAAGAGCAUAUCAGGAGAGGAGAGCUCAGUAGCCAUUGCUAAAUUGGCGAAAGAAGUCCUCGCAGAAAUUCCCACUCAAUUAACUUCUUACAUGAAAAUUAAUGAUAUACAACCAUGUCAACCAAAAGAUUCUUCAGGUCCUUUAAAAUUUUUUCAAUUAUUUGAUCCAUCUCCUCUUUAUCCUUCUGCUUCUCCUUCAUAUCUUCCUAAAGCUAGUGCUCCUCCAUUAUUGUAG